UAACUUGAUGUUCCGGAGAAAGGUGAAGCAGUAGCCUUGUGAUACAACAACGCUGCGCCUAACGCGGAUUAUGACAGCCGUGAGCCGAGGACCACGACCCGAAACGACGAUGUGUGUGUUCCGUAGUGGGGGGACGACAUUUUUCUCCAGCGCAGCGAGUGGCCGGCGCAGUUUGUUACCUUCGGCCACUGCGCGGCGCUGCCGUCGCUGGCCAGUGCGGGAAGUGAGCUCAGUGUGGUUUCAGUCGUAGCAGGAGGAGGUGGUGCUCAGUGCUCAAUGUGCAGUAGUAGUGCAUCGCGCCAUCUACCAUCGGCUGCGCGCGUCACAUAACACAGGUGGAAUGAUGUCAAGAGUUUUACCAAGGCUUCUCUCAGCAUUUCUGUUACUACUAUCUGUUAGUGGUUCCUCUGCAUGUCACAAGGCAUGUCAUUGCCAGUCUUACAAUGAGAAGUUUGAAAUAAUUUGUGCACAUAAUCUGAGCUCAUGGAAUGAUUGGCAAAUAAAGGAAAUCAUAUUUAGAGAUUCAUUAGAGUUGACCUGCAAGUCUGGGAUAUCGCCUGAAGAUGUAUAUGCGUGGAUUGACAGAAGGAAAAACGACGGUGGACUACCAACUCUAGAACAUAUAAAAGUUGUAACACUGUCUGACUGCCCUCUGCCGCCCAACGGUAUCCCACUUAAAGACAUUAUUGGCUUAGGAGAUGAAGUUAAGAAGUUAUACUUCAAGUCUUGUGAUGGAAAAAGUUUCCGAAGAAGCCACUUCAGUGGACUAAAUGCAUCACUUACUCAUCUGACACUUUAUAAGUGUGAUAUCCAGUCACUACCAGCUGAUGUUUUCCAGGAACUUGGACUGCUGUUGGAGGAACUUGAUAUGCGUGAAAACUUCCUGGAAACUGUACCUUCAAAUAGCUUGGCUCCCCUUGGAGGUUUAAAAUAUUUGGAACUUAGCAAUAAUAGGAUACAUGCAAUAACUGAUGGAAGCUUUGUCAAUUUGCCUUCUCUCAAACUGCUGAACCUAUGGGGCAACAAGGAUCUUCAGUUAUUUCAUGGAUCACUGUUGGGUUUGAGGAAUCUUACGUCUCUUGAUCUAGGUGUCUGCAAUAUAAACUCCCUCCCAGAUGGACUUUUCUCUGACUUGAGAAACCUGCAGAAUAUCAGUUUGGUUGCAAACAAUUUUACAACUUUGCCAGAACAUUUAUUCUUACCUACUGACUUAAGAGUUCUGAAACUAUUCCAUAACAGACAGCAGCUACAGAUUCCAGACAAUUUACUUGCAAAUUUGAAGAACCUGAAGGAAGUUCAUAUGCACUCAAAUGGCAUAUCAGAAUUACCAGAAAAUUUCAUAUGGGAUUCUCCCAAUGUUUCUGUGAUCAAAUUACAGCAAAAUAAACUUAAGAGAUUACCUCCAUCCUUGCUUAAGGGAAAACAUGAUCUGACUCAGCUGGACUUGAGUGAAAAUACAUUGGAAUCCAUACCUAAUGGGUUUUUUGAUACAGCAAAUAAACUAAAAACAAUAAAUUUAUCACGUAAUCGGAUACAAACUCUUCAAAGGGGAGUUCUACAUGGACUACAACAUUUGUUGGAGUUAGACUUAUCUCGUAAUGAACUACGGGAAAUAAAACCUCAAUCAUUUCCUGAUGCUGCCCGACUUGCUUCUCUUGAUCUUUCCCACAACAAGUUAAGGGACCUAUCAGCUUCAAAAGUAAACAUUGGAUUUGGGAAAUCGUCAGUGUUUAACACACUCAUACAUUUGGAAGAGCUCAAUCUAUCCAACAACUUUGUUUCAGAAAUUUAUUCUGACUGGAUGUUAUCAAUGCUCAAUCUUAAGAAACUCAAUCUGAGCUACAACAAUGUAACACAAAUUAGUGUGAAUGAAAUGCAGUUCCUUUCAAAUGGUGUGUCAGUUGAUCUGAGAAGCAAUAACCUCUCAGUGGUGAACUUGGAAAGUGCUGAUGCUAUUGCUAUUGCGCAAAGCAAUAGUAAACUGGUAAAGCCUCAUUUCAUACUAGCGGAUAAUACUGUGGACUGCUGUGCAUCCUUUCACCUUCUGAAAUAUGUACAUGGGAAUGUUCACCCUGCAGUUUACAACAUGUUUGAUAUUAAUGCUGAUGAAGCCACAUGUCUUACAACAAAAAGGCUCAUGUCGCAGACGAAGUUAGAAGAUAUCUUGUGUGAAGGACCUUGCUGUCAACCUCCAUGGGAAUGCAAGAUAAGACUGUGGGAUCGUGCCUGGCUCCUCAGAUGUGAAAAAUGUUGGAUAGAUGGAAGAAAACCUCCAGUUCCUUCAAAUUUUUCAUGCAAGCCUGGAGGAACAAAACAUUCUGAAAUUUAUCUACAUAAUAAUGAGUUUACUAGCAUACCAAAAGGUGUUCUGCAGCCUAAUCUCAAUAUAACAGCAUUGCACUUGUCGCACAACUGGCUCUCUGAGAUCAAUAUCCAUGAUAUAACACCAUUCCUUCAGGAACUGGAGCUUAAUCACAACUACCUUCAGCAUCUGGAUGAUGAAGUUGUCGCUCUGAUUAAAACAAAAAAACCUCCCUUGCAGAAAAUUGUUUUGUCAGAGAAUCCUUGGGAAUGUAACUGCAGAACAAAGCAGCUACUUCAGUUCCUCCAAGAUGAUUAUGCGAAGGUAAUAGAUCGAAGAAAUAUAACCUGUAGUGAUGGCCGUCCACUUCCAGAACUAACAAAUGAUGAUCUUUGCCCACUGCCCAAAUUUGCAAUAAUAGUCAGCAGUGUAUGUCUCGCCAUGACAGGCAUUGCUGUUGGUCUUCUUGCCUUCUUAUAUCAUCGUUAUCAAGAGGAUGUGAAAGUUUGGCUCUACGCCAGGAAUUUAUGUCUGUGGUUCGUUACAGAGGAAGAACUUGAUCGUGACAAAAUGUAUGAUGCUUUUGUCAGUUAUUCUCACAAAGAUGAGGAGUUUGUUGUCGAACAGUUGGUGAGAGGACUAGAAAAUGGUCCAGUUCCUUUCAAACUGUGCCUGCACUAUAGGGACUGGAUAGCAGGUGAAUGGAUUACAGAACAAAUUGCGCGGUCAAUUGAACGAUCGUGUAGGACGUUAGUUGUGCUUUCACCAAAUUUUCUUGAAAGUGUUUGGGGAAAAAUGGAAUUCAGAGCAGCUCACAAGAAAGCACUUUCUGAAGGCAGAGCAAGAGUUAUAAUUGUAAUGUACGGAGAGAUAGGGGAUAUGGAAAAGUUGGACCCUGAACUCAAAGCAUAUCUCUCUACAAACACAUAUGUUAAAUGGGGUGAUCCUUGGUUUUGGGAUAAGCUGAGGUAUGCAUUACCACACUCACAGAAACUACAUGGGGCCACCAGGAGUAGAACAGUAUCUGACAAAAUGGAACUUAUUGGCCCUGGAACACCAAGCCCAUUAGUAACACCAAUUGCGGAAGUGCAUAAUCCCUUGGAGCAACAGCAACAAUGCAAUGUAAACUGUUACAAUAACAAGGCUUUCACUUAAGUGAUAUUCUGCUCAAGGUGCUGCUCCCCCACCCCGCAAAAAAAAAAAAAAAAAAUCAUUUAUAGUAAAGACUGCAAAACUCGUGCAUUUGGGGAGAAGAAAAGGAGAAAGAGUGGAUGUUUGUUUGCGUGCAUGUGCGUGUGUGUCAGUGUCAAAGACUGGAUAUAUUUUACAAAAAUUCAUGUGUACCUGAUUUACUAGAAAGUCUUUCAAACCUAGCAUACUAUGAAACGUGUAGUAAUUUAAGAUGAUGCAGCUAAAUGUGAACAGCAAAUAUUGUUAUUUCAUUAGAACUGUUUUAAGUGCCAUAUUUUAAGCCAAAGUCUAAAGAAUAAUGUCAAAUUUUUUUUAAAAGUAAUGGCAGCUUGCUUAAUCAACAAUGUUAAGUCUGACUACAUUGAUGGCACAAUGUAAUUAAAGAGACAGAACUGUCAGUAUCUCUUGUAAAAAUUUUAAGGUCUGAUUAUGUAUAUAAAUCUAUUAAUUUGUUUGUAAGUACAAAAAUGUAGCAUUUUUAAUUUAUUAGUGUUAAGAGGGUACUUCAAAAUUUAGCACUGCAGACAACUCUGUAAACGUUUUCAGCAACUGAUGAGGGAUUCUAAGAAGGUGGGAAAAAUGGACGAAGGUAAAGAAAUAUGUUUAAGGAAAAGAAAACAACCAAAAUAUCUUUGUGCAUGGCCUAUUCUCCACCACAGUUUAAGAAAUAUGAACAAAUUUCUCAGAGACAUCUGAGGGAGGCCUGCUUUAAGAAUUCUUUGUACAUCAAGUCACAGUCUUACAACUAGUAAUUGGAUGUACUAAAUAUACGGCUGUGUAAACCUUUGAGCUCCCUUUCAAACUGACACACGUGUUACAACACCCCUUUCCAUCUCUCAGUUUUCCAUGUAUCUUGCAAUCUUUAUUCUGAAAACCAUUGCUUUCGACAUAUCUAAAUAUGUCACGCCUUAAAUUCUUACCUUAAAGAUGACACAUUGAGUUACAGACAGACACUUACACAUUCCUUCACACAAGUAAGCACACCUCUCUCACACACAACCAUCAUCUCCAGCAGCUCUGACCACAAUGCAACUGUCGCAUGGUAUGGAAGCAGCAAAGGGAUAGCUGUGUAUUGACACAGGGAGAGAAGGGUGCCAUCUGGUGGAGUGUGCAGGCACUAGCCUGCAAACAGGCACAGCAUCGGGAGGCUGUGGGGCAGGGAGAUCAGGAAACACAGCGAAAAAGGAAAGGAGUGGGGAAGGGAAGACAAGUGGGUGUGAUGGCUGAAAGUGGUACACAAAGAUAGUGGGAGACGAGAAUAGGAAGGAAUCUGUUGGGACAGUAUGUUACCAUAGGUUGAGGCAGGGAUAAUUACGGGAGUGAAGUAUGUGUAGUAAGGAUAAGUCUUAUCUGCACAGUUCAGAAAAGCUAGUGGCAGAGGGGAGGAUCCAGAUGGCUCUGGUAGUGCCCACUGAAACCAAGCCAGUUGUGUUCAGCUGCAUGUUGUGCUACAGACUGGUCUACUGAUCUUGUCCGCAGUGGACGCUUGUCCUGAUGGACCAGCUGAAGUGGAUGGAAGAGAAGGUGUAGAGGGUGCGAAUGAAUGAAAAUAGCAUUUCUUUGCCCCAAGUCCAGAUCAUGAAGAUAUCAUCACUGACCAUGAACCAGUCAAGGUGUUUGGCAUGGUAGGAAUUAUCCUCUAGGUGGCCCAUAGUCAGGUCGGCAUAAGACGGUGCCACAGAUUUAUUUGUAUACAUCCCCCUCAAAGGAGAGGAGAGAGUUGUGAUUUAGGAUAAUGUUAGUAGGGUAUAUUAGGAGUGAGGUGGUAGGUUUGGAGUCCAAAGGACAUUGGAAAGGAUAGUGUUCAAUAGCACUAAGAUCAUCAUCAUCAUCAUCAUCAUAACAGAUGUUGGUAUAUAGAGAGGUGGUAUUAAGAGGAGAUGGAACGCCCUAUCUCGACAACGUUAAAUUUAGUGACUUGGCUUCCCUGCAUUUCAGGAACCACUGUAGCCAUGGCAUGAAACUAUUACAGGACAUUACACUGUAUGUUCUGAGUCUACACAUUACACUGUAUGUUCUGAGUCUACAGCAAUUGCAUUUCAGCCACUGCUUUCAGAAAUACAAUUUUUUAAUUACAUGGUUAAAAUUUUGUGUACUUUUUUGUUUAUUAUCCAAAAUAAUUUUAAUUAUACAUAACAUUAAGUUUUUCUUUUACUUCAGUAGACUUGGAAUAUGUAUGUUAUCACUCACUAAAAAUUUGAAUACUCUACUUGAAUUUGUUUCAGAGAUUCACGGGGAAAUGCAAGAGUAAAUGUAAAUUUUCAGGAAAGGCGUCUUAAGUUUCAAAAGACUGUAUCCCACUUAAUACAUGUUUAUUUUUUUUUGGUCAAUCAAAAGCACCCUGCACCAUACUGUAUAUUAUCCUCUUGAUCUUUUUCCAAGUUUUUUCUUCUUUCUGGACGCCUUAGUGGCCAACUGUGCUGCAUACUCGGCUUUAUCAAUGCGAACCUUGUCCAUCAGUUCAAGUUCUCUGAUGGAAUUUCUCCAGUAUUAAUUCCCAAAUGCUGUAGCACUUUCACUCUACCAAUGUUGCCGUCAUUAAAAGCAAUAACAGCAUAACUGACACCCCACCCCCACUUUAGUAUCUUCAGUGUAACAAACAUUUUUUGGUAAGCGAUUCCAUAUAAGAUUAUUGAACAACUCAUUGAGAUUCUGAAUCUGACCAUGCAGACACUUCUUCAGUAAUUCAGGAUGUGCCAGGUCUCUGUAAAUAGGUUUUAUGUUAUCCAUGACUGCUGCUGGGAUGGAAUGUUUAUGGCUUUAUGAACUGUUUUGAGUACUGGGAAUUCUGGUAACUGUGCCAUGAAUCAGGUGCAGGAGGGCAAAGGUGGUGUACUGCUUUUUCAUCAGUUGACAGUCUGUGGAACAAGGUAGCCCUCACUGCCUGCUCCAUUUUCAAAAAAAUUCUCAGUAUUAUUUUUAAUGGCCACUGCUGUAGUUCAAUAAUUUUGUCUGUCAGCCUGCCUCUUAUGGUUAAACGAUCAGGUUUCUUGUCUCUCAAAGUUUGUUCCAACAUCCUCAGCCUGGUGCCCAUCCUCUUCUGGACAUGACCAACACAUUCCAGUUUCGUGAUAUUCUUCUCACCAUAAUCUGAGUGGCUACUACACUGUUAUACGCUUUUGAGUCUCCAUCAUUUAAGAACUUAGGGUAACACACUCCCCUUUCAUUCACGGACUGACUAAAAAUUUCAAUAGCUGCACAGGCCUCCAUACCAUCACUUAUUCCUUCAUAAUUUCUGUCACAGAUAUUCCCUUCUUUAUUCCCUGAUUUAAAUUUAUAACAAUGUUUGGUUAAAAUUUGGAAAUCUACUACCUUUCCAGUAUCCACACUCGUCACCGUAGCAACAGAAUUCUAAGAACUGUAGCCGCACGUCUGCCAAGUGCCAUCAAAAACUACUGGUAUGUCAGUCAUACAAUCAUUUAUUUCAACAGCUUCCACAGCAGGUCCAAUAAAUCCUGCAUACUUGUCGAUUUUACAAGGUGGGCGUGCCAUAUUCAUCACAGCAAACAUUUUGUCCUUUGCCGAUAUCUCUCAAUCCAUAAAGCCAUCUAAUAUUUACUUCAAAAUAAUUAUCUUUACACUUAUCAUAAUUCCAAAAUGAAUGAGCAUAUUUACAACUGGCACAAUUAAUAAUUUCCUGGCUAGUCCAUUUGAUACCUCACUGUCUACAUGUAAACUGACUGGCCCUCCACAUAUUUUUCAACACACAUGCUCAGCUAACACCCUUAUUAGAAAAUGUAAAUCUAUCGGAAUAUAACCUAACCUACCAUUUACAUCACUUUUGUUUGAAAACUGUGUAUCACAACAUUUUAUUUUAAUCUUUAAAGUGCUAAUGGGUGUUUCUCUAGAUACCGACGAGUUUGCCCGCAUUUCAUUGUCUGUAACUUCACAUGCCACAUGUUGAAAACAAUGUUUCCCUUUAUUCAAAAAUCUAUUACCAUGAAACCGAUGUUUCUUUUUGUUGUCAUACUUUACUUUUUGAGAGAUUUACCAAUCUAUUUGUCACUUUUCCUUGGAAAAAUGUUAGCUCUUUGACAUACAAAGUGUGUUUAUACUAUGAAAUGAUCCAAUACAAACACGUAAUUUAACCUUUAUAACACAACAAUCCACAGCCCUCUAUAUAAAAAAAUUACCGGUUUUAUUAGGUCUUGAAGUAAUGCAUGCAAGUUCACAACCCUGUUCCCCUACUUUCAUGAAAUUUUGAAGAUACACGUAUGUAAACAAAUAUAAAAUUUGUUUGUUUCAUAUAUUUGUUUAUUUGCACACUCUUUGCUACUUAGUAUUUCUCUUUCAUAUGAUAUGCAAAAAAACACAUCUUGGAGACUAACGCAACUCCACAAGACUAUCACACAUUAAGUUUGUUGUUCUCCUUUUUUUUUUGUUUUUGGAACAUACAUGGCAGUUUCUUCAUUUUCGUUUAUACAUUUCAGAAAUAAGUAUUACUUGGUGUUACUUUAUGUGACUGGAAAGUGUGUCAAAUGGAUCAUUAGGAGACUACACAACGUAGUGGCAACCUCCAAAAUUUUGCUCAGAAGCAGGUACAUGGUCUUUUAUCCAUGAAUCAGGCACUUUCAAUACAAACUCAGACUCUUGUGUUCUGUAUUGAAAUACUGCCAUGUACGGAAUGCAUUAAAUAAUGCGCAAUUAAAGAGGUACAUGCAAACCUUUA